UGCUGCUCAUUUGAGUUACCUGGGAAAGACUAGUCACUUUCUAAACCAUAUUAUUGGAAUUUUCAAAAGUGUAGAAAACAGUCUGCACAACAUUCACAAUCAAGCAGAAGAGGACGUACUGACGUCUGGUGCCUCAGAUCCAAGUUUGGGAUUGUCCACCUCAGAACACGAUAGAGAAAAUGAAAACUCAGGAGACGAAAACAAGGAGAAAAUAAAAGGAAGCUUUCAGAACUCACUCUAUAAUUCCCCCAAAAUUCAGUUAAACACUGAAAAUGAGCAGCAAAACCUGGCGAUGGUUAGAGGGAACAAUCAACGCAACUCCACCUGCAGUGAGUAUAAACUACUCGAAGGUGAAGGGACAGGGAAAGAGGCCGUUGCAGUAACAAAAGGAGAAUGUUUACAGGGCAUCUGAUGCUUGUUCUUCUGGGCAAACAGGAGCAAAGAAGCAACCCGCCGUUCAAGCACUGGAUGGAAUAAAGGAACGACACAGUAUCAUAAAGGAAAUUCAUUGUGGCACUGAAGCCAAGGAUGCUGACAGAACCUUUAGUUCUGGAUCAGGUAGUAAUCAAGAUGGAAACAAGGAAAUCUGCCUCCAUACCGCUUCGGAAAGUGGUGCUGACGAAAGGAAAAUGAGCAAGUUGCAUGGUAAAAGUGAGGUAACUGAACCUGUGAAAAAUGAAGUCCCUAGAGGCUGGUCCCAAAGAGAACUUCUUGCAGAGUUGGACAGUGCAGAUGAUCCACAAAUUGGUUGUUAUAUCACUGCACCAUUUAUCAUAGCCCAGAAGCUGCUGUGCAAAAUAAUCAAUGGUAGGAGCUCGGUGAUUGUAAGUGAUGAUGAGAACUUGGUGAGCAACGUGAUCAGCAUUAAGUGCACUGAUUCCAGGAUAAAGAUUCCAUUCCCUUUAAAGAUUGCGAUCCCAUUCACUACUCGUUAUCGGGGAAAUUAUCGUGACAUUAUGGUAAAGGCGUCAGAUACAAAACCACAUUCAAGCUAUUUGAUUCCUCACUCCUUGGAGGGAGUCUACAAUGGGCACAAGAUAUCCUGUGCAGAUGUUAAGAUAUACGCACUUGGCACCUUUUCAGUUAUGUCCUGCUUAAGAAAAGAGACAUUUACCAUCCCUCGGAAAGGUUUAAACUUAAAGCUAAGCAUGGAUUCAAGAAUUACACUGACCUACCCCCAUGGAACAUUCAGUACCUCAGUUGUAGUUCAAUCAAAGGUUCAGCCGAUUGAUUCAACAUUGUUGAAUGUAAUGAAGUCAAGACAAGAUAUAUUUCAUCCUAUCAUCUCCACCAGCCCUCUUGUUCAUAUCAAACAUCCAUCUACUCAGCAGUUUCGGAAAUCAAUUACCAUCACUCUGCCCUGUCCGCCAAGCUUCGAUAAGAAAAGAUUAGGUGAUGAAAUCGACCAUCCUCGAGCAGCCACAGCGGCAGUACAGAGAAGCAGCAGCCAUCGUUUUCGGUCAAUGAGUGCACCUGUAAAAAAACAUGGAGAAGCAACCAAUGAUCCUUUAAAACUGUUAGGAUUUAAAUCAAAGGAUGAAGAAUGGAUGGUGAUGGACAAUGUAAGCGUGAAAGAUGUGCAAAAUGGGCUGGUUGCAAUAGAAAUAACUGAACAUGUGGAGAGAUUCAUAAUCCUUCGUUUGUCAUCUUCACUCGAUAGCAGCCAUUUAAUUUCUUUUGUGCACAAACUUGAAGAAGCGAUCCCGUUCACGAUGGUUAACGUUAUUAUCUACCACGAAAGAGACAACUUACACAAUAUAGUGGUGCUGAUGGUUCCUUCCAAAGAUUUACAAUGGGAAUUGGUUAAGCUACGUGAAGAGGGAUUUAGGGGCCCACCAGAGCCUUCCGAAGAGUUUCCAAUGAGAGAGGGCGAGCAGCUUAUUCUCAAGCUUUGUGGCAACAUUAAAUCAUUGGACAGUGACCAAAACACAGCUGAUGGAUAUCAACUAAUAUUCCACUCACAGCGGAAAACCAGACUGGAGCUGGAACUGACUGAAGUGAAUGAGUUUGGUAACUGUUGCUCUCCUCACUACAAGGGGAUGGCAGUGUUUUACAAAGUAACAAAAGCAGAGGUGACCGAGCAAUGGGAUAGAGAACACCAGCCAGUGGAUAACUUGGACCAUAACCCUGUAUGCAAACUAACGUUAACGUUGCCUAAGAGAGAAAAAGUGCUUAGUCGUUCAUCGACAAGUGUGAGCAAAGUUCCACCACCAGAUACGCCUGAGGACCUACUUUAUUGGCUGGCUUCAGAAAUCUCUGAAGAAGAUGCCAUGUUACUUGUGGCGUCUCUGAGAAUUCGGCGCAGCGCCAUCCAGCUUGUCAGGAUCACCAAUCCUGAUGACUUAACAGACCAGAUUUACAAACUUCUCAGCAUGUGGAAAAAUAAUCUGCCAGCUUCAGUAGAUAAAAUACAAAUUCUUUCCCGGCAUUUGAAGAAAUGCGGAAGAGAGGUCUUAGCCGACGAGUUAAGGUUAAAAAAUGGUCCAGGAAUCGCAGUGAAAACAUUUAUCAAUUAAGUUUUCUUCCUGCAUCUUCCAGUAAGGACCCUCAACAGCCAGGGUUAUAUAUCAAUAUGUGUAUUGAGGGUGUAGUCCUGGAUAUUCUAUUAAUUAAGAUCAAAACAGAACUGCAUGAGGGGUAUUUCCUUACGGGUAAGGCGAUGUGCUGAAUAUAAUCAGAAAACAGAUACAACAAUUGAGAUGAUUUGUUCUUGCCCUGUACAUUAUUUUAGACUUUAAAGAUAUUGUGUGGGAACAAGCCUUUUGAUCCACCGAGUUCCCUUGACAAACGAUCACCCCGUACACUAGUACUAGGGACAAUUUACAAUUUACGAAAGCAAAUUAACCUACAAACCUGUACACCUUUGGAGUGCGGUAGGAAAUCGGAGCACCUGGAGAAAAUCCACGUGGUCACAGGGAGAACGUACAAACUCCGUACAGACAGCAUCCAAAGUCAGGAUUGAACCCUGGCCUCUGGUGCUGAAAGGCAGCAACUCCACCGCUGUGCCAUUGUGCCGUUGGUACAUCUCGCAAAAGUGAUACAAAGAAUAUAACAAAACUUUUGGUAAACUCCAGGGUGCACAAACUCAGUUCAAUCUAUCAAAGAAAGUACAUGUAAAUAGUGUAUAUCAUCUUAAAAUUCUUUAUCUUGUACUCCUUUCACAGAUUGUCACAUGUAAUACUUCUGAGCCUGUCACACUUAGGUAAUUUUUCAGCGGGCUGCCGGCGAUUGUCAAGUUGCCGGCAGUCGCCUGAACGGCAACUGGAACGGCGACUGUCAGAGUGGAACACACAUAAACAUCGCUUCCUUCACCAGCCCGUUAUGCAGGCAGGGGAUAGGGUAAGCGGGGGAAGCGCUGUCCAAACAAUUCACACGGUACAAAGCCAAGGUGAAACAGACACACACAGCGAUGAACAGGUUGGCGCUGAAAAAAGACGGCUAAAGCACAGUGUACAGUAAGUCCUUUAAAAGAGGGGAGAGGGGGGGGGAGAAGGAGUGGAUACAACUUUUAAGAAUCCAGAGAUACACGGCUGUGAAGCUGAGUGGACAUUAACAUUACUAGUCGGAUAUCCUUGGUUCUGAAAACUACUGCUUACCUGUUUUUCCCUUAAUGAGCCAAUGAAAUUCACCAGUCAGCUACUGGCUACAACCUACGAGAUCCUCCGAGAACCUUAACCUCCUGGUAACCCAUUAGGAUCUCCUGGCGACCCACCUACGGCUUGAGAAUUCUCACUACUCUCUAUGGCGGCUUCAUUCUAGUCGGCGCUAAUUUUUCAACGUUGAAAAAUUCAUGGCGACCAUAAUGAGGCUGCGACUAGUUCCCAGAAUGCGGGAACUCCACAAGACCAUGAAGGUGACUCCCCGGCAACUACCAGCGAACAUGUGGCGACCAUGUGGCGACUGCAUAGUCUCCUGCAGAUGCCUAAAAAGUCGCCUAAGUGGGACAGGCCCAUAGGUGUAGUGCUGCAUGAUAACUCUCUGCUGUGAGUUCGGAAUGUGUCAUUCGA